AUGCUGCUGGCAGUUACGCGGAUGCUGAGGAACGUCCUGUUGCCUCGCCUUCUGGGCGGAACACCAAGGAGAUAUGUCCAGGUAGCUUCUGUGUGCACUUUGGACGGCCUACAGAAGUUGAAGGAACUAUGCGAAUAUGGAAAGCUGAGAGUCCCCAUCGACUCGGUUUGGGACUUCGACGAUGUGCCAAACGCCUACAAAAGACUCUUGAGCAGACGCGCCAGGGGCAAGGUUGUCGUCAAGGUCAGGUAG